UUAGCAUCUACAGUAAAUAGUUUUUAUGUUCACACUAUGAUUCCACCGGCAGACUCACUGCUCAAGUAUGACAACCCGGUGCUGGUCAGCAAAAGCUCAGGGCUCAAGUCUCCAAAGGGCCGCAGUUUUAAGGUCAGUCCCCAGCAGUCUCCAGAUACCACCCCUGUGCCUCCUCCUCCCAAACCAAAACCAGGUCCAAUUGAACAACAAAAUGAAGAGAUCCUCAAUUCCAUACUUCCUCCUAGAGAAUGGGCUGAGGGAACUCAACUAUGGGUGCAGAAAGUGUCUAGUGCCCCUUGUACAAGAACAGAAGUGGUUCUGCUAAGUGAACAACUGGACACAAAGCUACAACAAAGACAGGCCAGGAUCACAGGCAUCUGCCCAGUGCGCCGGGAACUAUACUCACAGUGCUUUGAUGAGCUGAUCAGACAAGUGACCAUAAACUGUGCGGAGAGAGGUCUGCUGCUGUUACGAGUGCGAGAUGAAAUACAAAUGACUAUUGCAGCGUACCAGACAAUCUACGAGAGCAGCGUGGCUUUUGGCAUUAGGAAGGCUCUGCAGUCAGAACAUGGCAAGGCUGACAUGGAGAAAAAAAACGCUGAACUGGAGAACGAGAAGCAGGAUUUAAUCAAGCAGCUAAAUGAACAGAAGGCCAAAUGUGAUGCUAUAGAAAAGAGGGAAGCCGAGAGGAGACAGGUGGAGGAGAAGAAGCACGCAGAGGAGACCCAAGGUCUGAAGAGGACUAACCAACAGCUAAAGACCCAGCUAGAAGGAAUUAUCACAUCUAAGAAGUAUCAUUAA